AUGGAUUACAUCACUAGCCCUGGAACUCUGUCAUUGGCAGCGGGAAUAGCCUGCGGUGCUUUACUAGGUUGGAACCUGCGUGGUCAAAUUGGCCGUUCAAGGAUUGUGACAAAAUUAACAGGAGAUGAUGCGGGAAGUGAAGCAAGCGUAAUGGGAGAGAGUGGAGCGUUCAAGAUGGUACUAGUUGUCCGAAAUGAUUUGAAAAUGGGAAAGGGAAAAGUUGCUGCACAGUGCUCACAUGCUGCGGUAUCUGCUUACAAGCAGCUCCUUAAGCGAAAUCCCGAAUUACUUAAGCAAUGGGAAUAUUGUGGGCAACCUAAGGUGGUACUGAAAGCUCCGGAUGAAGAUACUUUGGUUGAGCUUCUCACCCAGGCAAAACAGCUGGGACUGGCCGUCAGUCUGAUUCAGGAUGCAGGUCGCACACAAAUAGCACCAGGAUCUAGAACUGUUCUUGGCGUGGGACCUGGUCCUAGUGAUUUAGUUGAUAAAGUGACUGGACAUUUAAAGCUCUAUUGA